AUGGACGCCAUUAAUUCAGUGUUCGAACCUCUCAGAGAGUUUUCCAAGGACAGCGUAAGGCUCGUCAAGCGCUGUCAUAAACCCGAUCACAAAGAAUAUUUCAAGGUUGCUGUUCAUACUGCAAUCGGAAUUACGGUUAUGGGAUUCGUUGGCUUCUUCGUCAAGCUCAUCUUCAUUCCUAUUAACAACAUCAUCGUCGGAUCUGGUUAGGAUGAUGAUAGCCACAAUCACACAAGGAGAGUUUUCAAG